UUUUAUGGACAAAUUCAGACGCAUAAAAAAUGCCAACUGAAUACUCAUUAUAAAACUGCAAACUGUGCGUACGAAUGGUUUAGAUCUAUACACGCCCCGUAUAUUGCCUGAACUAGACCUGACUGCUUGUUGCUGAAAAUAAAUGUAAAAAGGCUUCGAACCAUCAUGACGGGUAGUACAGAGGCACAGGCACUGGAAGCAGCUAAGAUAAUUCUGCAAGUUGUUUGUGCUGUUGCCAUAGUUACCAACCUCCUCGUGGUGGUAGUCUUGGCAACAACCAAGACGCUACGCGUUAAGUACUACGGUCUUAUCUUCAACCUCGCUCUCACGGAUAUUAUCACCUCCAUCGUGGCGAUCCUAUUCCAGCACGUGCCGCAUCCCGUGGUGCUUUCCCUGACACGGAUCUGCUUUCUCAACGAGGGGCUGAAUAUCUUAGCCGUGGCGGUGAACCGGCUCCUGGCGUUGAGUAUCAACCCGCCGGCGCGUUAUGACGCCAUUGCGACGAGCGGUCGCAUGGCUGUAGUCUGUCUGCUGAUGUGGGGUCUGGCUUUUGCCUUGACCUUUCCAUUCGAGUAUCUGACUGAGAAUGACAUCGGCCGCCUCGUCACGCCUAUCAUCGUUGUCAUCAUUGUGCUGCUCACAACAGUCGUCUACGUCAUGGUGUUCCGUAAGAUCGCCCAGUACGGGCUGUCGCUGAGGGCGCCCUUGCCUGAUGAGGCGGAAACGCGCAUGCGUCGAGACCGACACCUGAUGGUCACCUUCACCGUGAUCCUGGCGGCGUUUGCCAUAUGCUGGAUUCCAAAUAUCGUCGCUAAUUUGAUCACUCAUUUCAGUGGUGAGGAAUUCUGGUCCGGGCAGGCGGUCAGCUUUCGAGUGUUUUUCAAAAGCAGUGUGGUCAUUUUGGCGUCCAAUGCCGCCAUUAACCCGGUCAUUUACUGGGGCCGCAUGGAAGAGUUCCGCAGAGGCUUAAAAAGGUUGUUCUUUUGUGCGUGUGGAAAGCAGGCAACGGCUGUUGAUAAUACUGAAACAUAUGUCGAGUCUACGUUAUGAAGACAAUUUUCAAAUAGGCAAACAUGGAUAUGAAUUACUGGUGGCCUACAUGAUCGCAGAACUUUUAAUACUAAGCUCUUUUUCAUAAUAUUAUGGGUUAUGGUGUGUAGGAUAUAGUUUUGAUUUCUUACAAUGUAUCGUUGAGUAUUAUGAAGCAUUAUUUUUCAUUUUUAAAAUUCACGCAAGGUCAACUCAUUUACAACACUGACUCAAAAUGUAGACAGGUUUAAUU